AUUAUACCGAAUCCUGUUGAAAAGAAAAAAUAUUUCGAAAAACAUUGAAUGAAUUCAAUUUAAUUUGACUGAAACAAUAUUUAUUACAUCACACAUAACAACAACAAAGACAUCACUUUUUUAAUUGUUAAUAUCAAUAAAAAAAACUUUAUUUCUAGUAAAAUCGUCUUAAAACCAAUUUUGUUUUUAUUCUCGUCGAAAAUAUAUCUAAAAAACCUUCAUACUAACCAUAAUAUGAUCCACAAUGAUUUAAAUCUUGCCUGCUAUCCAAAGAAGCUCCUAAAAUUAUCCACUUAAUGUUCGUUUUAAACGAAAAACAUUAAAACUUUUUGAACUGACCUCGUAUCAUUAAUCACUUUUUAAUAUAAACCAAAGUUAUUAAAACUACUUCCCAUAAUGCAUCACCAAUAACAACACAACAAAAAACUUGUAAAACUUUCUUUAAUAUACUCAAAAUGUAGUUUAAUAACCUAUAAAAACUAUUUACACAAACGACAACUUGAUCUGUAUGUCAUUCGUUUUCUACACUGAUUAUUUUCCCCCUGGGAAUACAUGUAAUUCGAUGAUUUAUCAUAAAUAUAUACGUAAUUACAAAUUUCUACUCAUAUAUGAAGAAGAUAUAAUUCUAUGAUUUUUGUAUUAUAUACAAACGACGAUGAUUAAAGCCUACUUCGGCCUUGAAUUAAAUCAACCGUUUUAUUGGUGUUUUUAUUUUAUUAUUUCAUUAUUAGGAACUUUGAAACGUGUAUUAUAUAUUCCAAAGUAUAUUGAAUUUAAAAUAAAUUCUUACAUCGUAACACAAUAUGGCGGCAUUCCAGUUAAACGUGGGUGGUGGAUCAACUGCACUAGAUAUUGAAAAUAAUUUAUUAUUAACCCUUUUUUUCGAUCAUCGCCACGUCUAUGUUAUACUACGUACAUUCCGAUUACUAACCAGAAUUAUAAAUAUGUCAAAUCAAAACUAUUUUAUAAACAAAAAGACAAAGUUAUCAUCGUAUUGAUAAGAACUUUUUCUCAAGAUAUCAAAACAGUUCGAAGUUAAAACCAAACGAGAGAGACGUACCCAAAAUGAAACUAAUAGAAUCGAAAAUAUAUUCCACGGUAAUAUUAGCGGUAACUAGUUUAUUCGUGGGUGUGUUGCCGAAUUGUUUCGCGCGACAUGGGAGAAGUCAAUGGCCGCUACUUCUUUCGAAUUUGUUAUGUUUCGGCGGCGGUGUGUUGUUAUCCACUUCGUUGGUACACAUCUUACCAGAAUUAAGAGAAUCAGUACCGUACGAAUAUAAAGUGUACGCGGAAAUUAUUUAUUGUUUGGGUUUCUUCCUCAUAUAUUUAAUAGACGAAUUCGUCCAUUACGUUUAUGGCGAUUCCGAAGAAGUUAAUAUUCUACAUAACCACGGUCAUCGACAUCGACUAGCUACUACUAGACGACAUUCCGAUUCCGUUAAUAGGGAUGAAUGGCAACCCCUUUUACGAAACGAAAAUAAUUCGCCGUAUAAUCCGUCUUUUUAUAAAGCGAGAAGUGAUAGCGUGUUGUUUUGUGAAGAAGCUCCGUCGCAAUUGUGUCACGUGGGGCAUCGGGAACCUUGUAAUGCCGCCCCAACGGCUAAUUUGGGACUCAUAGCCGCCCUUUCUGUACACGCACUUCUCGAGGGAUUGGUCGUUGGCCUCGAAACAAAACCCGAAAAGGUUCUAUUACUAUUAGGGGCUAUAGCUUCGCAUAAAUUAGUGAUUUCUUUUUGUUUGGGUAUAGAAUUAUCAUCGGCGUCGUCGAUUUCUAAUUUAAAACAUUUCUGUUAUAUUUUUAUAUUUUCUGUUGGAUCAGCGGCGGGUAUAUUAAUUGGAAUGUUUAUAUCUAAUAUACCAGGUAGUGUACGAGAGAUCGUAAUACCAAUUUUACAGGGUCUCGCUGGGGGUACUUUAUUGUACGUUACAGUUAGUGAGGUACUUCCGAGAGAAAGAGCAAGAUGGCAUCAGCAACACGAGAGAAAAUCAGCCGGAAUUUUCCAGUUCUGUUCAGUUUUCGUUGGAUUCGUUCUAAUGACAAUUCUUAGUCAUUAUUUGGAUUACGACGAAUAAAUUCAAUUGAACAUAAUAAUAAAAGGAAUUAACAGAAAUAUAUAUAUAUUUUUCAUUUAAAAAUACUUAUAUUUUUUUAUAAAAUAACCGACAUUUUACUGUAUAAAUAUAUGGAAAUUCUCCACCAUCUUGUA